UGCGGUGGAUCAGAAUGUGUACACGCUGUUAGGUUGCAAGGCAGCGCCGUCAUGAUUCAGUAAUUAGUGUCAGAAGACGAUGAAGUGUGGCCCUGUGGGGCAUCUGAAAUAUCUCGGCCCCCUCGUCAGUUCGACCUUUUUCCAUUCCCUCCUCCUCCCAGCUCGUCGGCGGAAGGUCAAAAAAUGGCGGCGGCGAGCAGUAUGGGGGAUGGUUCUGGCCUGCCUCGCCUGCCCGACAACGGACUCGAGUUUCUGCCGGAUCCAGUUGACAGGGAGGUGGCCGCGGACGUGGAGCAGCCAGAUCCGUCGGUGAUGAGGGGCGUCGUGCCGUCGGACACGACCGAAGCCCACUCCUCAUGCGCGGUUGUGGUUGGACACCUCGACGGCGCUGCUGAGCGCCGGAAUUCCGGUGGAGUCGACAACCCAGUCCGUGGAAUCGACCGGGAAGGUGAACCCCAGAGGCGUCGAUGUGGACCAGAAGGUUUAGAGUUGGCCGUGCACAUCUGGAUAGAGCAGUUUUCCCUGGUAGAGUCACUCCGCUGGAAGAAACGAUCAGAGGGAAGCCCGAGCAGUAACAACCAGUAUUGCCGACGCGAGUGCCCUGCAAUGAUCCGAUUUCUUAGAGUUGCGGACAAUGGAUGGUUUCAUCACUGAGCACCGGGCAAAGCCACAACCAUUCAUUAUCCCUUGCUUGUGGUGAAAAGGUUCAUUGGCCGUCGCACAACCACAUAUAUGGGUACACAAAAGAUUAGGUGAAGCAGCUUAGGAGGAACAAUGUGAACGUCAACAAGGUGUACAACAUAGUUGGCAGCUUCUUCCGUUCAUCUCAGAAUGUGCCCUUCACAAAGGGGUUACUCCGGAAUCUGUGUGGCCAAAUAAGUUGGGACCAGGCUAACAAUGAUAUGAACAAGACUCUUGUUGUGUUCAAAGAGGUACAGCACAACGACCUAGAGUUUUCCAAGGGGAUGAGGAUAGCAGAAUCAAGAACCUGAUGCGGACAAAUGGAAACAACAAGUGCAGUACAAAUUUUUCGGUGAUGUCGUCACAUUCAACACAAUGUAUCGGACUAAUCUGUAUGACAUGCCUUUUGGGUUGUUCGUUCGUGCGAACAAUCACUUACAGAGCGUUAUCCUAGCUGGUGUCUUGAUGCGUGACGAGCAAGUCAAGAGUUUCCAGUGGGUGUGUUAUCUGAAUUCAUCAACAUGAUGGGGGGGGGGGGGGGGGGGGUAACAUCCGCAAGCAAGUAAUAUAUGAAUUGUACAUGCAGAUAACUAUUUGUGCUAUUGAUCAAUUGUAGUUCAAGCGAGAGCCAUGGAAGUUGCAAUCAAGACGGAGUUGCCCGAGACUAUCCACAGGUGGUGCAAAUGUCAUGUUCUUAAGAAAGCAAUGGAACACCUGGGUCCGUUAUACACCAGCAAGAGGGAGUUCAGGUCUGAAUUCCACAAAGUAGUGAAUCACAUGCCAAGUGUGGAGGAAUUUGAGACUGCAUGGGGCAUGCUGAUUGGCAAGUACAAUUUUGAAGUCCCACCAUUACAUGACACAACUUUAUGAGAUACAGCAGAAGUGGGCAAAGCCGUUCGUGCGGCAGAUGACAGUACAUGAGGCUGAAUUUGACCGAGAAUCAGACGAGAGCUGCCAAGAGAAGAGGACAAGGAUUGUAAGCGACUUUUCUAUACAUGCUUCAUGUCGUAGUACACAUAUAUGUGGCCUGAGAUGCCUGGUAUACAAGGUGACCAUGUCAGAUGAUGGCAAGUGGUUUGAAUGUGAGUGCGGUCAAUUUGCCCACAUGAGGAUGCUGUGCUGCCAUGCAUUGAAGGUGAUGGAUUAUGUCGGCGAAGGAAAUAAUCAUGGAGGCAUCAUCGCUGGCUGAAUCAAGGGAUGGGCUAGGCUUUGAGGGCAGGCAAGCUGCUGACUCAAAUCGCAAUAACAUUGGAUUGGCGGGUGCAAUCAUCAACGGCGAGGGAGAAAUGUUUGACAAUGAGAACAGCGUGACCCUUUCUGGCAAUUGGGAUGCAUUCGCUGGAUUGUCGGCUUCGAGCAAGAAACAUGGUGCCGGGUGACCUGCUCAAGCAGAGAAAAGGUGCCAUACAAGGGGUCGAUCAAGUGGACGAGGUUCUGCAGUAUCUCCAAACUAACAGGUCAUAAGAAGACUACCUGCCCAGUGAUGUGCCAAAGCAGCCUUGCAAGCCUGCAACCUCCAAGAAUUGUAGCAUUGUAGGCCGCUGUCGCACCUCGUGCACCAGGUCGCUGGCGCCAAUGUAUCUUAAAGACUUCGGACAAGCAUGUUUUCGAGGAUUUUCUAGUACGUGAUUUAUUGUUUGACACCAUGCUUUGUUCCUCUUGAGUGUAAACUAGUUGUAUUUCAAACGAUGUUGAGCCAUUUUCAUGUGGUAGUUGGUUUCCUUGACACUGAUAUCAACUGUUGACAAAUAUGAAUGGGCGUUCUAUUUUUUUACCAACUA